AUGGCUGAAACAAGGCUAAGAGGCUGGCGAAAGGUGCAGUGCGGUCCUUCGCCUGUGGCAGUAAAGGCAACGGCGGGGGAGCUGGCUGCACCGUCGCUCCCCCAGGCAGCGCCACCCGCCUCUCUCCCCGCGCCUGCACCUCUUCCCCCUCCAACAGCACCCUCCUCGCUCCCUGCACCACCAGCUGCUGCGUCCGCCACACUGCCAAUGGCGGCCCCAUCACUCCUCCAGCCCUCCGCACCGACUUCUCUCCCCACUCUUGCCCCACCAUCUGCACCCUCGUUGCUCCCUGCCCCAGUAGCAGCUGCGUCUGCUCCCCCACCAAAGGGCAAAAAGGGGAAGAAAUGCGGGAAGGGGAACAAGGGCGGCAAGAAGGGGAAGAAGAAUGCAGGCUCGGCGGCACCUGGUGGGGCGGCGCCUGGUGGUGAGGCCCCCGCCGACGCCGGCGCUGGUUCAGCUGCACCCAGUGGGGGCGAGGAGUCUGGCCCUGAGGGCGCGCCUGCUCGCAGCAUGGCAGAAAUCGACCUGCUCUCCCAGCUGGCAGAGGGCGAUGCUGAUGCUGACGUGGCCGAUAUGCGGAGGAGCCUGAAGAAGAAGGGGAAGAAAUGCAAGAAGGGCAAGAAGGGGAAGAAGUGCAAGAAGGGGAAGAAGGGAAAGAAACCCAAGAAGGGCAUGGAUGCCCCCCCCGCCGAUGCUGGCGCUGAUUCAGCCGCACCCGGUGGGGGUGAGGAGGCGGGCCCUGAGGGCGCGCCUGCUCGCAGCAUGAUGGCGGAGGACGACUUGUUCUCUCCGCUGGCAGAAGCGGAUGCUGACGUGGCGGACACGCGCAGGAGCCUGAAGAAGAAGGGCAAGAAGUGCAAGAAGGGGAAGAAAUGCAGGAAGUACAAGAAGGGCAAGAAGGGGAACAAGAAUGAAGGAGCGGCAGCACCUGGUGGGGCGGCACCUGCUGCACCCAGUGGGGGCGAGGAGGCUGGCUCGGAUGGUGUGGCUGCUCGCAGCAUGAUGGUGGAGGGCGACUUGUUCUCCCCUCUGCAGGGAGAUGAGGGUGCUGGUGUGCGGAGGAGCCUGAAGAAGCAAGGGAAGAAGGGCAAGGAGGAUAGGGGGGAAGGGGAGGAUGGGGAGUACAAGAAGGGCAAGAAGGACCAGAAGGAAGAAUGA